AUGUUGAUUUAAUUUUUGUUUUUAUUCAGUUUAACCGACAAUAAGUUGUUAUAAAGUAACUGUAUAAGAUAUAGUGUGCAUAGCUGUGAUUCUAGGCAGUGUAAGUGUUUAAUAUAACAUUUGCAAGUAUUUGAAAUUCGAAAAAGAAAAUCACAUUAUGAAAGUGGAAAUACCAAUUUUGAGGAGAUGCUGUUUCUGCUUCCCUUCGAGAUAUGGGCUUUUGAUAUUCGCUUUUGGUGGAUUGCUGUAUUUCGCUUUCUUCAUGUACGCUUACUGUUACCGCAUGUCUUGGCUGUUGUCGCCGUGGAUCGAAGUACCCGACGAAAUAUACCCCUUAGAAGUUACGAGCACUUUACUUAAUAUCAUCUUUAAUUUAAUAAAUUUAGUAUUCAACUCCGUGCUGCUCGUGGCAGCUCAUAAGAAAAGUUUAAAAAUCUUCAAAUCCUUCUACUCGUGGGAAUUUAUUGGCGUUUUUGUGAAUGCAUCGUUAAUAAUAAUAAUCUUAGGCAUCGAUAUGUACAUCAUGUGGGCCUACGGAAUGGACGUGCUCCACCACUCACGAUUGAAAGUGUUGCUAAUAGAAGUGCUGCCUGACGUAUUGUAUUUAUGUAUCCAAUUAUACACUCUGUCUCUGGUGAAGAACGAAAUAAAUAAGUUGUCAAACAAUCACGGCUUUCGAUUCGUCAAUUUGAACGACAGCGAAUGCGUGUACGUUGAAAACACCAACAGUUGUAUUCGUGAUGAUGACAAAGGAAAUUAUAAUUGUGAUUGUCAAAAGUGUACAAGAUAGACGUAUUUUUAUACAGUUGUCAUUAUUAUAAUGUUAGGCCUUUGUUAAACUGUAAAUAAUUUUAGAAGCAGCAGAUCUCCUUGUAGAAAAGUUCGUCGCAGUGGCAAGGCAAAAUAUCAAUUCUCUCCUAGCGCAUCUUCGGUGAAAAUGGACGGGAUUGAAGAGGAUGGGCGAGACGAGAUUUGAAAUAUUUGUUGAUGUAAUAUUGAGCCGUAUUGCGCCUGCAUAGACUCUUUAUUAACUCUGCAACGGAAACACGAUUCACGAUGUCUCGCACGAUAUCGCGCGGGCCCGUGCGUACUCGCGAUGCGAGAUUGUGGGAUGCAAUCGCGUGCAUUGAAAUGUAAACGUUCACACAUUUUCGAAAUUAUAUAAAUAUUAGAUAUUUCAAAAAAUGUACCUUGUGCUGUUUUCAAAAAUAUGUAAUCACGA